GGUUGACUGUUUACUUCCGGUGUUACUGAUGGGCGAAUGGAAUUAGCAGCUAGCGAGCUAACGAAGAGGAGCGUUUUUAAAGCUAGCUAGUAAGCGAACACAUGAUAAAGGCAAUGACGUAAAUCUGUGCAGAGUUAACCAUCAAGUAGACAUCCGCUGUCGUUCAAAAGAUGAAAAGGCGUUAUCGGAAAACAAUGACAGGCAAAUGUGGUAAGCUAGUUUGCUAGCUAGCCAACUCAACUAUCUAGCUACUACUCUACUGAAGCAACCAUCGUUAUAGGAAAAAUCUGAGAUUCUUACGUUGCUGCUAAACACGGAAGAGCCCAGCAGCGUUAAUUUACCUAGUAAGGGAAUCGUAAAUAAGCAAUUUAAUAUAGUUAUCACGUGAAGUUACCAGUUUAUAUUCGCUUGCUAGCUAGCCAAACAUAUCGUAUAAAUUCUUAUAGCAAGCGUUGGCUGUUUUAUAUGGGGUGUGUGGCCUAUCUACUACUACCUAGCUUGCAAAUCUAAUGCGUUAUUAGCGUUAAUGUUUCUGAACUGAAAUAGCUAGUCAAGUUCUGUUCUAAACAAUGAUAUUUUAUGAUGUGAUUGCCAAAACACUAUUGGUUUAAUCCGCCAGACAUUAUAAUACAUAGUUUAAGUAUUAUCUUGGAAUUACAAGUUAACGUCUUGUUUUAUAAGCGUAGUAACAGUAGCUCACUCGCUAAGUAGCCAUGGUUGGCAGAUAGCAACUGUCAGUAUAGCUAGCUGGCUAGCUAGCUAUUUGGUUAUAAGUUACAAACUGCUAGCUAAUUAUUUUCUCUUGACAAAUCCGCUAGUUAUGUAAGUUGGUUUAUGUUUUUUGUAAAGUGCUUUCGUUGGCAACAACUGUCUACAUGUAAUUAUGACAGCUGUAUGCAGUAGUUAGAUUAUUAACAUGUAGGAAGUUGCUAGCUAGUAUUACCUAGUCAUUUAGAUAACGUUAGAUAGUGUCUAUAGAUCAGUAGGUGACAAUAGGCUGAUUCAGUUGCACCCGGGUAGGAGCAUACAUAUCCAUGGAGUGUCAUUGCAAAUGUUAUUUUUAACCAAUCUCUCCGAAUGCAUAGCUUUCAAUCUCAUGAGGUUCAGGACUCCAAAUACAUAUCUGAAGUUGUGACUCCUUUUCACUGAAAUUUUAACAAAGUCAAACCAAUCUACAGCUCCAUCUCUGAAUUGGGCAAUUUUUCUGAUUAUAAGUGACUUUCAACAGCGUCUCGCUCUGAAGGAUGUUAUCAGGAACUACUCCUAAUUUAUUUAAAUGUGACUCAAAAUGCUGGAAAUGUGUGAAGAAACCAUCCAAAGCUGUUGUGAUUUUUCUUCCAGAUGAUUAUUUAAUCAGUAGGUCACCACCAGUGUGCCAAAUUUAUUGUCCAGAUAAACAAACAAGGAUUACUUUUUUGCAAGAACUGCACAGCAAAGAAGUCCAUUCUGGAACAAGAACAUGCAGACUCUCUUGAGUUACACUAAGGACUAUAAACCAGGCAAUAAGUAAAAGAGCCCCCUGUUCAACUGACUCAUUUACAUUUUGUCCUUGAUGGAGGUGCUAUUAUAGAGGUGUAACAGGGUGGCUACAACUGGACCAUUUGGAGCACCAGCCUUAGAGGAAGCCUUGCAACCCUGGGUUGGCUGCUCUGAGGGGGGCAAUGGGUUCCCAAGCUCUUCAGAUAUUGAGGCAGGGGGUGUGGGCUUCGCUCACAGGUGGCUGGUAUGUGGACCCCCACCAGACCACAUUCUCCAACUGCUUCCACCUGUACCUCUGGAUCUUUCUCCUGGCCUUCCCCUUCCUUCUGUACAUGUCUCUCCCCCCCAGCCUAGUCGUAGCUGGUGUGUACUGUGCUGUGGUGGCGGCCUUCUUCACAGCCAUAAAAGCUGUGAAUUUCCGCCUCCAUGCCAUGUUCGACCUGGGUGAGAUAGUUGAGAAGAGGCAAGCCUCGCUCAUAACCGAUGCCCCGCGGCUUGAGGAAGGUGAUGAUGGGUCAGGAGGCCACGAUGGGAACCAGCACAGGGAUAGUAAUGUCGGUGUGGAGAUGACUGUGUUCAGAAAGGUCAACUCAACGCCGCCAGUUCGCUGCAGUUCCCAGCACUCUCUGUUUGGACUUAACCAGGUGUCGGAGUUUUUGCCACAGCUUGAUGAUAGUGGAGGAUCCAAGGAUAUCAAGGAUCUGAUGCGAGAGCAAGGCAACAAUAACUUGAUCGUCACGUCGGCCCACCGUGAUGUCCUCCGACACAGCUCCCAGGACCCCCUCCAUGUGGCCAACGUUGCCAACAUGGUCCAGUCCUGCUUGGCCGCUGCCCUAGGGGGAGAGUUCCCUGGCCUACGAGGAGCGGGAGCUGGCAUGUCGGGGGGAUUUGGGAGCCUGCAACCUGGUGAGUGCAUCUCUAUCCCCCCUUCCCCCUCCAGUCAGGAAGACGGAGGAGACAAGGGCCGGUUGGAGGAGAUGGAGGGGAUGCUGGAGCAGCUGUCCCAGCAGAGUCCAGAGGAGGAUGGGAUGGCUUUAGGUGCCUACUCCCCCCUUGGCCCGUCGGCUGAGUCCGAGAGCCUGGGGGAUGCUCCCAUCAGCCCCCUGAUCAAGAGCAGUCUGAGCGAGGAGCUGAGCGAGAACCUGCUGGGCCUGGGCCUGGACCCGGGCUCCUUUGCCCCGGGGGUGGAGCACCCGGGCAGCCGCAGCGGGGUGGCCAUGGCAGCUGGCUCCACCGACAGCUGCUUCAGUGGCGGGGGCGGGGCGGACCGAGAGACCCUCAGCACGGUCAGCAGCUACCGCAGCGAGAAGACCGACUCCACUCAGCUGGAGAGCCCUUCAAUCACCCUGCCGCCGAAUGCAGACAAAGGGCCCAUGGCCUCCAGUACCCCUGGCACCACGGAAGAGCCCGAACCUCAGGGAGGAAGUGAUACGGACGACCUGUCGGACAGCGAACUGCUGCGCUCCCCAUCCAGGGAGCUGUCGCGCUGCCGGGGCCUUGACAGGACCCUAGUUGAGGGAGACGACUUGCCCCCAGUGCCCUCUGACAUUGCGCGCCCCCCCGGGCUCCACGACUCGUCUCCCUCCAGCAGUGGGCACUCGGACGCCUGCGACCCAGACCGGAGGGUCCAGGUCCCCCCCCUACCCCCUCCGCGGCAGGCCAGCUCGGUGCCGUCUGGGCUGGGUCUGGUGUGUUCUGAGCCGACCCUGCCCAUUUCCUCCACCCCGUUCCUGCACCCUGAGCAGCCCUCUCUGCAAGCCCAGCAGGUGGUGCGCCCCAAAGACCUGAAGCUGCUGCGGACUGCCGCCGGCCACCGUCCCGGCCGCAGGAAAGCCCCGCGCAAGCGUGGCGGAGCGGGGAGCGGGAGCUUCGACUGUGGCUCCUACCGACGGCACCAGAACCACGGGCAGCACCGCGACUACAUCCCGGUACGCAGCCGGCUCGGAGCCAAGGCGUACAGCGAGAGCCUGUUCGAGGACUCCAGCGACGAGGAGGAUGACGACGACGGCAGCGACAUGAGUGCCGGCUCCAGCCUGGGAUCCCAGAGGCGCUAUAGCUCCGACUCCAGCUCCUCAACGUCCUGCUACUCCCCGGACCUGGCUAAGGCCGGCGUCACGAACCCGCACUCCUCCUCUGCCCAGCUGGCCGCCCCCAGGGACGGGGAGGCAACAGAGGCGGCCGGCCCCUCCCACAGAGCGCAGAGGUCGGCCAGCACAGCCAGCGCCAAGACCCACGCACGCGUGCUGAGCAUGGAUGGGGCCGGCGGUGGUCACGCCAACGCAGCAGCGCUGCCCUCCACCGUGCUGACCACGGCUUCAUCGGUGCCCGCCCCUCGCCCCCUCACAGUCUCCAAAUCAGACCUAGAGGCCCGGACCGGCCACAUGGAUGGCUUCCCCGGGGGGCACCAUCAUCGCUUGGACUCUCUAGGGGGCUCCUGGGCUGGCAAUCACACGGGCUGGAGGGCUGGGGAACUGGUGGAGGAGGGAGCUGUCGGGGGAGCUCUGGCUCCAGAGGAGGGGGGCAAGCGGGACUCUGUUAGCAGCGUGAAGAGGACCCAGGCCAUCCGCAGGCGACAUAACGCGGGCAGCAACCCCACACCGCCUCCCUCGACCAUGGGCUCCCCUCCUAGUCUCCAGGACCUCCAGCGAGCACGUACCUCCUCCCACUCACGGACGCGGGCCCUGCCUUCAGCUUUACAGUUUGCCACCUCCCUGCUGCUGCCCAGUGGGCGCGUCCACGAGGCCUCUACCUUCGACGACACCACAGAGGGGGCUGUGCACUACUUCUACGACGAGGGCGGGGUGAAGAGAUCGUACACGUUUGGACCUGCUGGAGGGGGCUAUGAAGACCCAGUAGCGGAGCGAGAAAGACAGUCCCAGUCAUCCAGCUUCACCUCCACUGAUGUCCAGGAGGGGGCAGCGGUGCUCACCAUGCUUCAGCCCAGGCCUGUGGUUCUGCAGGGCAUGCAGGUGCGCAGGGUGCCGCUGGAGAUGUCGGAGAUGCCAGAGUUUGACCUUGACCACGAGUCUCUCCACGAGUCCCAGGAGAACACGUUGAUGAUCGAGGAGAAAGCCAAGCCCAAACAAUACUACCGGUUCUGGGUUCUGCCAGGGAAAUGGCUGAGAGUGCGCUAUGACCGCUUGGCCCUGCUAGCGCUACUGGACCGGAACCGUGGCGUGGCUGAGAAUGUGUUUGCUGUGGCUCUGGCCAGCAUGGUGGCCUUCCUUGGCUUCCUUCUUCUCCUGGAGGGCUUCUUCCGUGACAUCUGGGUCUUCCAGUUCUGCCUGGUCAUCGCCAGCUGCCAGUAUUCACUACUAAAGAGUGUUCAACCGGACGCCGCCUCGCCAAUGCACGGACAUAAUUGGGUCAUUGUGUACAGCCGGCCCGUCUACUUCUGCCUGUGCUGUGCUCUCAUCUGGGUGUUCGACCUGGCUGGCCACUCGGGCCACCUGCAUCCCUUCUCCCUCUACGGUGUCACCUUUUUCUCUGCCCACUUCCUGCUCUGUGCCAGGGACGUCCUCAUAGUGUUCGCCUUGUGUUUCCCCGUCAUCUUCCUGUUCGGUCUUCUACCUCAGGUCAACACCUUCCUCAUGUGUCUGCUGGAGCAGGUCGACAUGCACAUUUUCGGAGGAACAGCGACCACCAGCCCCCUGUCCUCCGUCUACAGCCUGUUACGCAGCAUGUUUAUGGCCGCGUUGCUCUACGGGUUCUGCCUGGGUGCCAUCAACGCUCCCUGGGAACACCCCCAUGUUCCGGUGCUGUUUUCUGUGUUCUGCGGCCUGCUCCUUGCCCUCUCCUACCACCUGAGUCGCCAGAGCAGUGACCCCGUCAUCCUGUGGUCUCUGGUCCGUUCCAAGUUCUUUCCCGAGUUGGAAAGCCGAACCCCAGAGGAUCCUCCUUUGGAGAUCAAAGACCCCCUGCCCGAAAAGCUCCGCAACUCAGUGAGAGAGAUUUUCCACUCUGACCUGGUCAUGUGUCCUCUCAUGGCUGUCAUCACGUUUGCCAUCAGUGCCAGUACUGUGUUCAUCGCCUUGCAGCCAGCUCUCAGUUACAUCCUGUACAUGGUGGCUGGGGUGGUGGGCUUUGUCACCCACUACCUACUGCCCCAGCUCCGCAAGCAGCUGCCCUGGUUCUGCCUGGCCCAUCCCGUGCUCCGCUCCCGAGAAUACAGCCAGUUUGAGGUCCGCGACGCUGCCCAGCUGAUGUGGUUCGAGAAGCUGUACGCCUGGCUGCAGUGUGUGGAGAAGUACGUAGUCCACCCCGCCGUGGUCCUCAACUCCCUGACCGAGGAGGCCCAGCGUGUCAGCCUUAAACCCAACCAACUGGACAUCUAUGGCCGUGCUCUGUUUAUCUGCCUGGCGGGGAUGAAGCUGCUGCGCUCUUCGUUCUGUGCCCCGUCGCUGCAGUACGUCACACUGUGCUUCACCGUCCUCUUCUUCCUCUUCGACUACCCCCACUUUUCGGAGACCUUCCUGCUGGACUACUACUUCAUGUCCAUCGUCUUCAGCAAGCUGUGGGAUCUGUUGUACAAGCUGCGCUUUGUGCUCACCUACAUCGCCCCCUGGCAGAUAACCUGGGGCUCAGCCUUCCACGCCUUCGCCCAGCCAUUUGCUGUUCCUCACUCAGCCAUGCUGUUUGUCCAGGCAGUGUUCUCCGCUCUGUUCUCCACCCCCCUGAACCCUGUCCUGGGCAGUGCUGUGUUUGUUACCUCCUAUACCAGGCCUGUCAAGUUCUGGGAGAGAGACUACAACACCAAGCGGGUCGAUCACUCCAACACGCGACUGGCCACCCAGCUGGACCGCAACCCAGGUGCAGACGACAACAACCUGAACUCCAUCUUCUACGAGCACCUGACGCGCUCGCUGCAGCACAGCCUGUGCGGUGACCUGCUCCUUGGCCGCUGGGGCAACUACACCACGGGCGACUGCUUCAUCUUGGCCUCCGACUACCUCAACGCCCUGGUGCACAUCAUCGAGAUCGGCAACGGCCUGGUCACCUUCCAGCUGAGGGGGCUGGAGUUCAGAGGAACGUACUGCCAGCAGCGGGAGGUGGAGGCCAUCACAGAGGGCGUGGAAGAGGAUGAAGGCUGCUGCUGCUGCGAGCCGGGCCACCUACCCCACGUGCUCUCCUUCAACGCGGCGUUCGGCCAGCGCUGGCUGGCCUGGGAGGUGGCUGCCACCAAGUACGUCCUGGAGGGCUACAGCAUCAGCGACAAUAACGCUGCCUCCAUGUUGCAGGUGUUCGACUUGCGCAAGAUCCUCAUCACCUACUACGUCAAGAGCAUCAUCUACUAUGUGAGUCGGUCCACUAAGCUGGAGGAGUGGCUGGCCAAUGAGACGGUGCAGGAGGCGCUGCGGCCCUGCCUAAACCCCGCCUACGUGGACAGUGACCCGACGUUUAACCUGAACAUCGACGAGGACUAUGACCACAGGGCAUCGGGCAUCACGCCCAGUGCCUUCUGCAUGGUCUACCUGGACUGGAUCCAGUACUGCAACAGCCGAAGAGAAACGCCGGUGGAGGAGAGCGAGAGGGACUCUCCCCUGGUCAUCCUGUGUUUUGGCUUGUGCAUCUUGGGCAGAAGAGCUCUGGGCACAGCUUCUCACAGCAUGUCUGCUAGCUUGGAGCCCUUCUUGUAUGGCCUCCACGCCCUCUUCAAGGGGGACUUUCGCAUCACCUCCCCAAGGGAUGAGUGGGUGUUUGCGGACAUGGACCUGCUCAACAGGGUGGUGGCACCGGGUGUGCGCAUGUCUCUCAAACUGCAUCAGGACCACUUCACUUCUCCGGACGAGUACGAAGACCCAGUGGUCCUCUACGAUGCCAUCACGUCCAAUGAGGAGAAGAUGCUUAUCAGCCACGAGGGCGACCCUGUGUGGCGCAGUGCCAUCCUGGCCAACAUGCCGUCGCUACUGGCCCUGCGCCAUGUCAUGGAUGAUGGCAGCGACGAAUACAAGAUCAUCAUGCUCAACAAGAGGUUUCUCAGCUUCCGCGUGAUCAAGGUGAACCGGGAGUGUGUGCGCGGCCUGUGGGCAGGCCAACAGCAGGAGCUGGUCUUCCUGCGGAACCGUAACCCGGAGCGCGGUAGCAUCCAGAAUGCCAAGCAGGCCCUGAGGAACAUGAUCAACUCUUCGUGCGACCAGCCCAUUGGUUACCCCAUCUACGUGUCUCCCCUCACCACAUCGUAUGCGGGGGGGCACGCCCAGCUGCGAUCCGUCUGGGGAGGUCCGGUCAGCCCCCACAAUAUCUACACCUGGCUCAUCAGCAGCUGGGACAGGUUACAGAAGGGCUGCGGAGCAGGCUGUAACAGCGGCGGGAACAUCGAGGACUCUGACUGUGGUGGCGGCUCCACCUCCAUCUCCAACAACCCAGCUGGCCACACCACCCAGAGCACCCCGGCCUCCAGCCUCCCCCAGCCCCACUUCUCCUCCAUCCACCCCCCCAUGGGAACGGACAACCCCGUGGGCCCCACCCCCACCUGGCCUCACCACCCUCAGCCCCUCCCCCUGGCUCUGCUCAGCCAGUCAGAGGGCAGGAUGGACGCCAGCCUGGUCACCUCCCUCCAUCGGACCUCGUCCAUCCAGGGUCUCCUGGGUCAGCACCUGUCCAGCUCCCAGCUGUCCUUCAGCAGCUCUGUGGCCAUGCCCUCCCUGCCAGGCCCCGAGCGCUUCUGCCCAGGUGGCUUCCUGGAGGGAGCGCACAGGGGCGCCGGGCGGGCGGGGCUGGGGCAGGGUAGUGGGCUGCCCUACGAGGGCCUCUACGGGAAGUGGAGCCUGUCGGGCAGGAAGGGCUUCAGUGGGCCGGCGGCAGCCGAGAGCGACGGUGGAGGGUCUCAGUGCGUUCGGACUCAGUCCACUCCGCCUGCCCCCCCACCUGAGUCCAGCCCAAUACAGGACCCACUGGGAGUUACCCAGUCCACUGAGACCACACCCCUCACCGCUGCCGAGUCCCCAAGCCCCACCCCCCGGGAGGAGUCCACAGAGCUGCCUUUACUAGAGCACCUGGGCUGAUUCUGAACUGGAGAACCCAUGAGUAGAACCCAUGAGAACCCCUUGCAGCCAAAGCACACCAACACCAGGGCGAGUUCUAGAUGGGGCAUGACCGGCUCUGACCGGACCAUUCCAGCUAACCGGAGUCAUUCCAGUGCUCUCGUCUCAUAGAGAACUGGACUCUGAGGUUUGCUACAGUACUGAUGGCAAAUCACAACCUCUCAACAUGUUUUUAUGGAUUCAUUGUACAUGUUUUCAAGGCUUUGCCAUACUGGGUGGAUACAGAGGACGAAGUAAAUUUUUCUGCUCCUCAAUAAGCCACCAUAAGGCUGUAUGUCAAAGCAAAACGUAUGCACCCCCCCCCACACCUUCUCACCUCCUACGACUUAAAGCUGGAGCUGUUGCCCUCAGAGCUUCUGGGGACAACCCUUUGGCCAGCAGGUCAAAAAGCCAGUGCAAUUUUAAGGGAUGUGUCUUUCCUUGUGUAAUGUUGAUUUUUAUUCUUCAGGGAGGGAACCCUCCCACUUCUCUUUUCCGUCACCUGCAAUGCACCAGCACCUGUGCAACCAAUUCAGAAAAGGGGACUUUUCCUUCGUGUUGCUGGGGGUACAAGUGAAGCUACAGUUGCUACUGUAACAAGCCUGGUUUCUUCUACACAAGCCUCUGCUGCUCCAGCCUGCUGCUUCACUGUGAGGGGGGGAGGGCACCUGAAAGGGUUGGGUCCUCUAGCCCAUAUGACCAGUUGGUAUCACCUCCCCAGCAUACCAUACACAUUCCAAAAAUGAAUCCGACCACCCUCCCUGUCACAUAAAAACAUCCUCACUUUCAUUCAGACUUUUCUCUUGGAGGCUCUCAACGGCAUCCAUCUGGAGCGCUCUGUCAUGGAGCUUGUUUCAGGGAUAAGUCUCCCGCCAACCGCCUUCCCUUCCUGACAUCUGGUGCAUCAUUUUU